GCCAAUCAGCGGCCUCGGCCUUUCUGCCCUCGAGGGGGGCGGACCCGGGUAAAACCUCGCCGUGGUGGUGGGAGAGGUGCAGAAUUUAGGGGUCAAGUAGUUCGUCCUCCAUCCCAAACCAUUGCUCCCUGAGCCCACAUAGCAAAUGGGGGCCCAGAACUGGAGGAGGGAGUGGAUUGCAAACCACCCAUUUAAUCGGCUUCGUUUGCAACCCAUAAGGGCAGGGCUUGAGGUUGGAAUGCCGAUUCCUGCAUCCACGGUCCCAGGUCUGAGGCAUAUCACACUUGACUAGCCAGAUAGGAGGAUUUUUAGGAGUUUGUAAAUUAUGAAAACAGCUGAGUCUGGGACUGCCAGUGCUUUUCAGUAAAUCUGUAGUCUAUAGAGAGGGGGUGGGGCGUGAAAGGCCAAAAUGAUGGGCUACUAUUCAGUCAUUCAUUUAUUAAAGGAAUACUAAGUAUUUUCCUUGUGUCAAACAUUGCUAAGUUCUGGGGAUGCGAGAACUGAUUUUAUAGACGUGAUUCAUGCCCUCAGUACAUGUAGAAGCCAGCUUGCAUGGUAGCCUAUGUCUUAUCUCCCUUACUAAUUCAAAUGCUGACUGACCCUCUGUUCCCAGGUCCAGCCUGCGGUGUCCACAAUGCCCCAGGCUUCUGAGCACCGCUUGGGCCGAACUCGAGAGCCACCUGUCAAUGUACAGCCCCGAGUGGGAGCCAAGAUACCAUUUCCUCCCCGGGCCCGCAGCAAGGAGCGCCGAAACCCAGUUCCUGGGCCAAACUCCGUGUUACGACCUUUGCCUCCCAGGCCAGGUCCCCCGGAUGAAAGGCUCAAGAAAGUGGAGCUGGGUCGGGGUCGGACCUCAGGCUCUCGUCCUAGAGGCCCCCUUCGAGCAGAUCAUGGGGUCCCCUUGCCUGGCUCACCACCCCCAACUGUGGCUCUGCCUCUCCCAUCCCGGACCAACUUAGCCCGUUCCAAGUCUGUGAGCAGCGGGGACUUGCGUCCAAUGGGGAUUGCCUUGGGAGGGCACCGUGGCACUGGCGAGCUAGGGGCCGCACUGAGCCGCUUGGCACUCCGACCUGAGCCACCCACUUUGAGACGCAGCACUUCUCUCCGGCGUCUUGGGGGCUUCCCUGGCCCCCCUACCCUGCUCAGCAUACGGACCGAGCCCCCUGCUUCCCAUGGCUCCUACCACGUGUUACCUGCCCGGCCCUCUGAGCCAUUCUACUCUGAUGACAAGAUGGCUCGUCACACACUGCUCCUGGGCUCUGGUCAUGUUGGCCUCCGAAAUCUGGGAAAUACAUGUUUCCUCAACGCCGUGCUACAGUGUUUGAGCAGCACUAGGCCUCUCCGAGACUUUUGUCUUCGAAGGGACUUCCGGCAAGAGGUGCCUGGAGGAGGCCGAGCCCAGGAGCUCACGGAAGCCUUUGCGGAUGUGAUUGGUGCCCUCUGGCACCCUGACUCCUGUGAAGCUGUGAAUCCUACUCGGUUCCGGGCUGUCUUCCAGAAAUACGUCCCCUCCUUCUCUGGAUACAGCCAGCAGGAUGCCCAAGAGUUUCUGAAGCUACUCAUGGAAAGGUUACACCUUGAAAUCAACCGACGAGGCCGCCGGGCACCACCAAUCCUGGCCAGUGGCCCGGUUCCCUCUCCACCUCGCCGAGGAGGGGCUCUGCAUGAAGAACCUGAAUUGAGUGAUGACGAUCGAGCCAACUUAAUGUGGAAGCGUUACCUGGAGCGAGAAGACAGCAAGAUUGUGGACCUAUUUGUGGGCCAGUUGAAAAGCUGCCUCAAGUGCCAGGCCUGUGGGUAUCGCUCCACGACCUUCGAGGUUUUUUGUGACCUGUCCCUGCCCAUCCCCAAGAAAGGAUUUGCUGGGGGCAAAGUGUCUCUGCGGGAUUGUUUCAGCCUUUUCACCAAGGAAGAAGAGCUGGAGUCAGAAAAUGCCCCAGUGUGUGACCGAUGCCGGCAGAAAACACGAAGUACCAAAAAGCUGACAGUACAAAGAUUCCCCCGAAUCCUCGUGCUCCAUCUGAAUCGAUUUUCCACCUCCCGAGGCUCCAUCAAGAAAAGUUCAGUAGGUGUUGACUUCCCAUUGCAGCGACUGAGCCUAGGGGACUUUGCCAGUGACAAAGCCGGAAGCCCUGUCUACCAGCUGUAUGCCCUCUGCAACCACUCGGGUAGUGUCCACUAUGGACACUACACAGCCCUGUGCCGGUGCCAGACUGGUUGGCAUGUCUACAACGACUCCCGUGUCUCCCCUGUCAGUGAAAAUCAGGUGGCAUCCAGUGAGGGCUACGUGCUGUUCUACCAACUGAUGCAGGAGCCACCUCGGUGCCUGUGACACCACCUUGAAGCCCUGGCACCUGUGAAAACCUUUUCAACACCCUCAAGCCCCCAGGCUCCCCAUUUACCUCAGAGACGUCUAUUUUUGUGUCUUUUUAAUCGGGGAGGGGGGGUUGGUUGUAGCUCCCAUUAUUUUUUUUAUUAAGAAGCACCCUUCCACCUUGUUUCCUGUCCCUUGUACAGAGCUCACCAGGCCCUUGACCAUGUACAGCCCCCAGAACCUCUGCAAUCUCACUUUUUUUGUGAAUAAAUUUAUUAAGAAAACGGUG